GAGGGCGGGGGAACCUGUGGAGGGAGCGACUUGCAGCUGCUCUUCUCCGCCUCGGAAACCCUGAGGGAGCGGAGCCCCGCCCCCUUCUCCCCCCUCAAACCGGGAAAGGGGCGGGGCGACCGGGUGGGGGAGGGUCCGCCGUGACCGAAGGCGGCCUCUGAGGGAAUUUCCUCCCGUUGGGGCUGCGCUGAAGCCGGAGACCGAAUGGAGGCCCGGGGGUCUCCCUUGAAGGCGGGGAGCGGCCUCCCCGAGGAGCCCCGCAGCUCCGAGGCUGAGCGCUGGCGGUUCCGCAGCUGCCGCUCCCUGGAAGCCGAGGGGCCCCGGGCGCUUUGCAGCCGCCUGCACGGGCUGUGCCGGGGGUGGCUGCGGCCCGAGCGGCGCAGCAAAGCCGAGAUGCUGGACCUGGUGGUGCUGGAGCAGCUGCUGGCCCUGCUGCCCCCGGAGCUGUCGGGCUGGCUGAGGGAGUGCGGGGCGGAGAGCUGCGCCCAGGCGGUGGCCCUGGCCGAAGGCUGCCUCCUCGGCCCACCAGCCGCCCCGGAGCCCGGAAAGGGGUGGCAGUUGCAGGAGCCGUUCAUUGGGGAGAUCUCAGAAGAGCUCCAGGGAAGAGGAGAUGCAUCCAAUGAUUCUGAAGAGAUUCUUUUCAGGAGGAUCCAACUGGGGACACCUUGCCAGUUAAAUUUGCAGGAGCCGUUCAUUGGGGAGAUCUCAGAAGAGCUCCAGGGAAGAGGAGAUGCAUCCAAUGAUUCUGAAGAGAUUCUUUUCAGGAGGAUCCAACUGGGGACACCUUGCCAGUUAAAUGACUCUGAUCCCUUUGAGGAGGUGGCUGUGGACUUCACAGAGGAGGAGUGGGAGCUGCUGGAUUCGGACCAGAAGGCCUUGUGCAGGGAAGUCAUGCUGGAGGUUUCUAUGAAUUUGGCCGCUCUGGCAGGCGAUGGUGAUGGUGAUGGUGAUGGUGAUGGUGAUGAUCUGGGGAAUGAGAACGAAAAGCAGCCACCAUUAUUGACGCUGCAAAAAACAUCAUCUGCCAAGAGUCCUUCCUCCUCUCUUACAUUACCUAACAUACCACAUUGGAAACCAGAGACAUUUUCAGAAUAUGAGGGCGAGUUCAGUCUAAUUUGCACGAACUGUGGAAAGAGCUUCAUUAGUUCGAGUAAUCUUAAUAGCCAUCAGAGCAGCCACAUAGGUGAGGGGCUAUAUACCUGUCCAGAAUGUGAAAAAAGCUUUUGCCAGGAAACAGAGAUGAUUUGUCCUACAACGAUCCACAUAGAGACCAGACCAUAUAAUUGCCUGGAAUAUGGAGGGAGCUUUUUUGAGAACAAUGAUUUUACUCAACAUCAAUGGAUCCACACAGUGGAUAAACCGUAUAAAUGCCUGGAAUGUGGAAAAAGCUUCACUCAAGAAGGAAAACUUAAUUCUCAUAAAAAGAUCCACACUGGGGAAAGACCGUAUAAAUGCUUGGAGUGUGGAAAAAGCUUUAACUGGAGCAAAGAUCUUAUUUGUCACAAACGGAUCCACACUGGGGAGAGACCAUAUAUAUGCUUCGAGUGUGGAAAGACUUUUGCCCAGAAAGGAUGUCUUACUAGUCAUGAAAGGAUCCACACAGGGGAGAAACCAUAUAAGUGCACAGAGUGUGGAAAAAGCUUUGCUCAAACAGCACAUCUUAACACUCAUAAAAAGAUCCACACGGGGGAGAGACCAUAUAAAUGCUUGGUGUGUGGUAAGAGUUUUGCACGGAAAGAAUGUCUUGCUGGUCACGAAACAAUUCACACGGGGGAUAAACCAUAUAAAUGCACGGAGUGUGGAAAGAGGUUUGCUCGGACAGAACAUCUUUAUUCUCACAAAAGAACCCACUCAGUAGAGAAACCAUAUACAUGUUUGGAGUGUGGAAAAAGCUUUGCUCAAACAGCUCAUCUUAAUUCUCAUAAAAGGAUCCACACAGGGGAGAGACCAUAUACAUGCUUGGAAUGUGGAAAAAGCUUUGCUCAAACAUCUCAUCUUAAUUCUCAUAAAAGGAUCCACACAGGGGAGAGACCAUAUAAAUGCACGGAGUGUGGAAAAGCGUUGGCCAACAAGCACACCUUAAUUCUCAUAAAAGGAGCCACACAGAGGAGAAACCAUAUAAAUGCUUGGUGUGUGGAACGAGUUUUGGUUGGAAAGUAUGUCUUACUCGACACCAAAGAUCUCACAUAGGAGAAACCAUAUAAAUGCACGGAGUGUGGAAAGAGCUUUGCUCGGUGGGAGAAAUAAGAAUUAUUCCUGUAAAGAAAAAAGCAAGAGCUGAACUAUAUUUAUUGUUUAUGUAACCUAUGACUCCAGCUGUUAGACAUUAGAUAUGGAGUUGUGUAAGAAGGGAUUUUGAAUUAUAAAUUGAUUAGUACAUUCUAUGUCAGGAAUGUACAUUGGCAGGAAAGGAGCGGUCAUGCUAAAAUUGAUAGUUGUUAUGACCGAGAUAGGGCAGUUAUCGGGAAUGUGCUUGUCUGGGAAAAACAGCUGUUAUGUACCCAAAACAUAUCUAAGAAAAUAAGGGGCGCUAAAGAGGAGGAGGUUUUGACUCUGAAACUGUAUUUAAACUUGUAAUCAUAUGUAUUCUUUGCUCUCUUGUUGCUGUACACAUGAGCACAAGGGGGGAUAUUUUUGCAAAAGUUAAAUAAAGCUCUUUUUAUUGUUCAUGUUUCCCAUGAUGUUUAAUUGAGUGGUUUAAAUCUCACAAUUGGAUAGGAAAUGUUUAUUCUCACAAAAGAACCCACGCAGAGGAGAGCCCAUAUAAAUGCUUGGCAUAUGGAAAAAGCUUUAACUGGAACAGAGAUCUUACUUGUCAUGAAAGAAUCCACA